AAGGAACAAAAGUAUGGACCAAGAUCACCAUGUUGACCAAGACGUCAACGGGAAGCAUAACAGACCAUUGCGUUCUCGAACCGGUCAACAGCUUCGUAGAGAGCAAAAGACCACAAACGAAGUAUCUGGUGCAACUACUUCUACUACAAAUUCGAAGAUGUCUUUUCUUUUUCAGCGCUUCAUAGGGAGCAGGCUGCAACCUGAGCACGCACACCAGCAAGCAGAAUAUGGAGAUGGCCACUCAUCUUUGACAGAAGGUAGAAGAGAAUCAUCGACAAAGCGAAAACGAUGGGGAGAAGCGGCAGCUCUAGAACUAGAGGCUUUAUCAACAAAAGAC